AUGUCGGGCCGAUUGGGCGCACGAGUGCAGUGUCCGUCCCAUCCGGACGUCCACCUGAUAGAGGACUACAGGGCGGGAGACCUGAUAUGUCCGGAGUGUGGGCUAGUAGUGGGCGAUCGGGUGGUGGACGUGGGGUCGGAGUGGCGGACAUUCAGCAACGAGAAGUCAAACGUCGACCCGUCGCGUGUGGGCGCCGCCGAAAACCCGUUGCUGUCGUCGGACUUGUCGACAAUGAUUGGUCGCAGCAAUAGUGACGUGGCUUUCGACGCCUCCGGAGUCGCCAAAUACCAGAACCGGAAGCACAUGUCCUCUGCCGACAGAGCGCUGGCCAACGCCUUCCGCGAGAUCUCCAAUAUGUCGGACCGAAUCAAUUUGCCGAAGACUAUCGUCGACAGAGCGAACCUACUGUUCAAACAGGUCCACGACGGACGCACUCUGAAGGGCAGGUCCAACGACGCCAUCGCCUCCGCCUGUCUCUACAUCGCCUGCCGACAGGAAGGCGUUCCGCGAACUUUCAAAGAGAUUUGUGCCGUUUCUAAGGUCUCCAAGAAGGAGAUCGGCCGCUGCUUUAAGCUCAUCCUCAAAGCGCUCGAGACUAGUGUUGAUCUCAUCACUACCGGCGACUUCAUGUCCAGAUUCUGCUCCAAUUUAGGACUACCGCCGGCCGUCCAGAGAGGGGCCACACAUAUCGCCCGAAAGGCGGUCGAACUGGACAUCGUUCCCGGCCGGAGCCCCAUCUCAGUGGCCGCCGCAGCCAUCUAUAUGGCCAGUCAGGCCUCCAAUGACAAGAAGACGCAGAAGGAGAUCGGGGACAUCGCCGGUGUGGCCGAUGUGACCAUAAAACAGUCCUAUAAACUCAUUAAGUGUUUUAAUCAGUGA